UUCAAUGAUUCAACUGGAUAAACUAAGUUGUAGCUCGAUGUAAAAUUCACUGCAGAAGUCAAGCUUGGUGUUACUGUGCGAAAACUUUCGUGGCUUGAUUCUGUGUUCAUACAAAUUACAACUUCGCUGAAACUUUAAAAUGGGCCUUGGUUACAGUGUUAGAGAGGUAGAUCACCUCUAUGCAUUCUUUGUUCACUGGUCACCUGAAGUAUAUGGGAAAGAUGCGAAAGAUCAGGGUUUUAUGGUGGUGAAAAAGGAUGAACUGGAAGUGAUUGACAAUUUCUUCAGUGACCCAGUUUCUAAAAGUUGGGAGAUCAUUACUAUUGAAGAAGCAAAACGACGCCAGAGCAUUGAAAGUUGUUAUGAAGGUAUAGAAGAUCUUCAGCCUGUACUUACAGACCCUAGUGAGCUAUUGGAGAGUUUCCACAUUGAAAAGCUUAUGCUGCAUCUUCCUGCUAGGACACAGGGGUAUGCUUGGCGCCUUAUGUACAGCACAGCUGUCCACGGAACAAGCCUAAGAACACUUUAUCGCAGCUUGACUGUUAUUGAUGCUCCUGUUCUCCUUGUUGUCAAAGAUAUGGAUAAUCAGAUAUUUGGAGCUUUGGCAUCACACCCUUUCAGAUUAAGUGACCAUUGUUUUGGUACAGGAGAAACCUUUCUAUAUACAUUCAAUCCACAGUUCAAGAUAUUUCGGUGGAGUGGAGAAAACUCGUAUUUCAUUAAAGGAGAUAAAGAAUCAUUAGAACUAGGUGGAGGCAGUGGCCAUUUUGGCUUGUGGUUAGAUGCAGAUUUAUAUCAUGGACGAAGCAAUCCAUGCAGUACGUUUAACAACGAAACACUAUCAAAAAAAGAAGACUUCAUUGUGCAAGAUCUUGAAGUGUGGACUUUUGUAUAAGUUUGCCUGGUUCACCUUGGUUUUGCUGUCCAGUCCACUGCUAGCUGCCUUAUCUUAUGUCCAGUGCUCACAAUGUACUGUAAAUGAGCAUGUUUCUGAAUGCUUAAGCUACACUUCUAAACACAAGCUACAAAGGAGAUUGCCGGGCACAGCUCUCCAGAGAGAUGAUUCCUUUCCAUUCUGUAGACUACAUCGAACCACCAUAUGCUAAGGGAAACCAGUUGAGUUAGUGAACUUUUUGCCGCACAAAUAUGUAUGGUUGAAAAUGGAGUGCAAAAGAAUCUUCAUGUUAUGACAACUCAUUCUAAAUGCUGUGUGCUUGCCAACAAAUGGCUGACAAUAAAUGUGAGUACAGCCAAAUCCACGUGCAAGGCAGUGCUUUCCAAAUGAAGGGGAUAGUUAAUAUUUAAGCAUUUAGUGACAACAAUGCAUGUUGAAGGCACAAUUUUUCAAUGGUCAUCUGAUUUUUAAAAAAAUCGUUUUUGUCACAUUACUUAAAGUCCAACUGGAAUAUUUAAUAUCCUCUAAGAAUGUAUGAUGGUGUUCCAGUAAGUGGAACAAUAUUAUUGAAGAAUAAUAGUCCUGGGAGAAAGAAUUGCAAUUAUGCCAGGAACAUUUAAAUGCUAUAGUACAAUACUUUAACUUUUAUUUUUGGUUACAUUGAAUGUUGCAUCCUUUCAUUUAGGAAUGGUUUUGUAUCAGUGCAGGCACUGAACGCAAUAUUUCAAAUUUGUUUACAGUUAGCAAAAUUAUUAUGUAUUAUUUUUAUUUGCAUAUGAAUGUUUGCAUUCAUUUGAACAUUCCAAUGUCUUGAGAGAACAAAGGGAACCUAAAUGCACAUUAAGAAUAUCAGAGCACUUUGAAAGUGUAGUUUUUGGCACCAAAUACAAUUUGUAUGUUUAAACUUCAUUUUUUAAAUAUUAACUGAUGUUCAUUUUGAGUACCAGUAUGCAAAAAUGUACUUUAAUUUUUGGAUUAUUAUGUUAAAUUAUUCAGCAUAUUAUAUAAGAACUUCGGGAAAAUGUAAAAACUUUAAAUAUGUUAGAUGUUUUUCCUCUCCUGGAGCAGAUAGUUGAAAUAUUGAUGGAAACUGCAUAAUUUUUUUUUUUGAGGUGCAACUUCUACUUUUGAUUGCUAAAUUCAAGAACCAGAAUUAAAGAACAUACAAAGUAACAUAUUUCCAUAAUGUUUUUUUCAUACUUGCUUUUUGUGGUACAGUUUAAAAAAUAUCUGACGAGAACUAAACAUUUCCAUUUUUUAAGUUUAGCAUUUGAUAUGUUAAAUAAUAGCUUAAAUAAUAUUGUGUUUAAUAAACAAUACCUGUAUUGUCAGAACAAUCAAAAUUGUGUGUCAUUAAGAACAAAAGUCCUUCAGUAAAUUGAAUGAAUCUGUAUAAUUAAAGAGCAUUGUGGAAUAGAUGUUUCCAUUGGGAUAAAAUAAACUGAUAAUAUCUA